GAGGCGGCGCUUGGACCAGGUGACAUCAGCCGUGGGCGAGCCGGGAUGCGGAGCGUGGCUCUGCCAUCGCGUCCCCACCCUGCGUUCCCAAAAAGGAGCCCAGCCUGGGCGGUGCCAGCGGGCGGGCGCUGAGGAUGCUGCGCUGAGGGAUGCCGAUGGUGCUCACCCUGCUCGUCUCCGUCCAUCGGCUGUGCCGGCUCUUCACCAUGUCGGGCGCGGAGAGGUUGGCGGUACCCGAGUGCGUGAGCCAAGCGGGAUGCUGGGCUGCAGGCAGCUCCAGGGAGCAUCGUGAGGUUUCCCCCGGGGUGAACUCAGACAUACGGGCGGCUCUGGAGCGGAUCCUGCCCGCCCUGCAGCGCUCUAUUGCCCGUGCCAAGCAGGCAGCCGGCCCUGCCGAGAUGGGGAAGGCCAUCGCUGAGAUCUUCCAGCUGGUGGAGGAAGCCUGGGGGAUGCCCACGCUGGGAAGGGACGUGGCCAAAGCGCUGUGCGAUGCCAUCCGCCUGGAGGGAGGCCUGGACCUGCUGCUCAACCUGCUCUACACGGCCGAGCUGGAGACCAAGUGCCAGGCGGGGCAGCUCCUGGAGCAGAUCCUGGUGGCGGAGAACAGGGACCGGAUUGCCCGGAUCGGUCUGGGUGUGAUCCUGAACCUAGCCAAGGAGCGAGACGUUCCCCAGCUGGCGCAGAGCGUCUCCGGCAUCCUGGAGCACAUGUUCAAGCACACAGAGGAGACCUGCUCCCAGCUCAUCUCCGACGGGGGCCUGGAUGCCAUCCUCUACUGGUGUCGCUGGACAGAUCCCGUGGUGCUGCGGCACUGUGCCAUGGCCUUGGCCAACUGCGCCAUGUACGGCGGGCAGGGCAACCAGCGCUUGAUGAUUGAGAAGAAGGCGGCCGAGUGGCUUUUCCCAUUGGUUUUCUCAAGGGAUGAUGAGUUCAUCCGCCUGCACGCCUGCCUGGCCAUCGCUGUGCUGGCCACCAACAAGGAAAUCGAGAAGGAGGUGGAGCGCUCGGGGACAUUGGCUCUGGUGGAGCCAUUCAUUGCCUCACUGGAUCCGGAACAGUUUGCGUGUGACAUGCUGGGGAGCAGUGACAACAGCCAGGGCAGGACAGCGGAGGACCUGCAGCGCUUGGUCCCCUUGCUGGACAGCUCGCGGCUGGAGGCACAGUGCAUCGCUGCCUUCUACCUGUGCACUGAGGCUGCCAUCAAGGCCAGGCAGAAGAAAACAAAGGUUUUCAGUGAGAUCGGGGCCACACAGAGCCUCAAGAGGGUGGUUUGCUACUCCACCAGCAGCACCACCUCCUCCCUGGCCAAAAAGGUGCUGCGUCUGAUAGGGGAGGAGGUGCCUCGACGCAUCCUGCCCACUGUUCCCAACUGGAAGCCCUGCGAGGUGCAGACGUGGCUGCAGCAGAUCGGAUUCACCAAGUUCUGCCCAAACUUCCUGGAGCAUCAGGUGGAUGGGGACAUUCUCCUGAGGCUGACGGAGGAGGAGCUGCAGGAGGACCUGGGGAUGGGCUCCAGCAUCACCCGGAAGAGGUUUUUCCGGGAGCUGACAGAGCUGAAAACCUUCGCCAACUACUCCACCUGCGACCGCAGCAACCUGGCCGACUGGCUGGGUGGCAUCGACCCCAUGUUCCGCCAGUACACCUACAACCUGCUGACCUGCGGCAUCAACCGCAACUUCCUGCACCGCGUGACGGAGCAGCAGCUGCAGGAGGACUGCCACAUCGGCACCGGCUUCCACCGCGUCCGCAUCCUCUCUGCUGCAAGGGGUGAGGGAGGACUGGGAGUUGGUUGGGGCAAGCGGAUGGUUGGGCACUUUUCAUUUUUUUUUUUUCAUUGCUGUUGGCUCUGCUUAGAAACGCUCCAUUCUCCUAUAACGCUGCAAACGGCAUCCGAUGGGACCGAUGUAUUUAUCAGCUACCGGAGGAGCUCGGGGUCGCAGUUGGCCAGCCUGCUGAAGGUCCACCUACAGCUGCACGGCUUCAGCGUGUUCAUUGACGUGGAGAAGCUGGAGGCGGGGAAGUUUGAGGACAAGCUGACCCAGAGCGUCUUGAGUGCCCGCAACUUUGUGCUGGUCCUCUCACCCCACGCGCUGGAUAAGUGCAUGGCAGACCCCGAGUGCAAGGACUGGGUGCACAAGGAGAUCGUGACAGCCCUAAACUCUGGAAAGAACAUUGUCCCCGUCACAGACCAUUUUGAGUGGCCUGAUCCAGAAACACUUCCCAAGGACAUGAGGGCUGUCCUGAAAUUUAAUGGCAUCAAGUGGUCCCACGAGUACCAGGAGGCCACCAUCGACAAAAUCAUCCGCUUCCUCCAGGGCCGCUCCUCCCGGGACUCCUCGGCAGGGUCAGACAAUGGCCUGGACUGUUCCCUUCCUGUGGGGCCGACCUAGAGCCAGGGCAGAGGCCACAUCCCUUCCAGAGAUGCUCAGGUGACCCCUUUUGAUGUGGGGCCCAAUUUCUCCCAUAGGUUUUCCCCAUCCCAGUAGUGCCCUUUCCUCUCCCUCCCGCAGGACCUGACCCACCUCCUGGCUCGAGAUGAGGCUGGGGGUAGCCCCAGAGUGUUAGCAGGCCCAGGGAGGACAGGCUGCCCUCCAACCCUCAUCCAGAGUAGUGGCAUCUCCUGAGGAUGCAAAGCUGGGGGACUGGGAGGGUACAGUGCAAGAGGACAUGGGAGGGAGAGAGCAGUGCAGAGGAAACAGCCCAUCACUGUGCUAAGAAGGUGAAGGCAGGAAAGGGCAAAUAAAAGCUAAGCCCUCACCAAGUCCCCAUGUUUGGGGAAGAUAACACACAUAAGGUUUCUAAACCGCUCAGCAGGAGCUUUCCCUUCCCUGGGGAUAUCCCUUUAUUACCUGAGCUCGUCCCCUCUUCGAGGCCUUUCCCUCCUGAUGCUGCAAAACCACUCUGUGCUCUUAGCUCUGCUGGCUGAAGUUUGGCUUUAGGUCAUGGGAAGUUUCCAAGGGGCUUUUGCAAAAAGUGCUUUUAAAACAACACCCUUCCCUCCAUCUGAAACCUCAGCAUGACCACUCUAUUAAGUAUAUUUAUACAUACUGCACAGGAGGUUGAACUGGGACUUGGGAAGCAUAUCCAUGCAGAUAUGGAAGAUGCUAAACGCUGUACUGGGGAGAUACAAUACAUUGGCUGUAUUUUAUUCUGUUGUUGGUGCUCCAUGACACAUGUCCAGAACAUUAAGGUUGGAAAAGACCUCUCAGAUCCCCAGGUCCAACCCCACCCCACCCCACCAUGCCCACUGACCACGGCCUUCAGUGCCACAUCCCCAUGGUUCUUGAACACCCCCAGUGACAGGGACUCCCCCACCUCCCUGGGCAGCUGUGCCACUGCAUCACCGCUCCUCCUCCCCGCUCUUCCUGAAGCCUCACUACUUGCCUAACUAGCAGGAACACAAACACAUUGCCUUCUGGCUUAGAUCCAACAUUUCAUAAAAAAAUAAAAAUAACUUAAAUUCUGGUGCUUAAUCAGAGCUUUAUAGAUUGCUCUUAUCAGCUCACAGUUAAUGGCAUCUUUGCUCCCCAGUGAUAGGUUAAUAGCUGUAUCUGCCCAGCACUCAUCAGGCACAGCAUCAUCUAAUCUUCAGAUUAAACACUGAGGAAGUCAAUGGAUGAGCCCAAAGGUGAAGCUGCCAAAGCAUACAAGCAGCAUGUGAGCUGCUUCAGGGAAAAGUCUUGACUAACUUACUGAAGGUCAAGGCUUCCAAGGCCAUUAAGGGAGUUCCACUCAAUCACUGCAGAGGAUCCUCCUUCCUACAAUAACACACAAUAUGACUUUGUAUUGUUUCCAAGGAGCUCUCUAGCAUUCAGCCUCCCCAUGCACCAUUCAGUGUAGAGAAGUUUUACUUGUCCCCUGGAGCUUAGGUGUCUGAGCUGCAUGAGAUCCCACCCGAUCUCUCCCCAUUUCCCUGUUUCGUGAUUAUCUUCACCCCCAUGAACUCACUUUGCCUUUGACAGAGCAUCCCAUACUCAGUGAUCCCCAGCCUCAGCAGGCACUCCAAGGAGAUAAACACAUUCUGUUCAUUAUCCCUCUACCAUGCCGUGUCAAAAAGUUGUUCUACCAGACAUUAGUAAUAAAUUUGGUUUACACUCUAAAUCUUAACCUCUGUGCCACAUGCUUUUCUCUCUGCAGCCUUCUCACAGUUGCUCUCUUACCGUGUCAAUCUCUCAUCCUCUGCUGAGUGUGAUGCACACUCUCCAGGCAUCAUUCUCUGCAAGGACCCACAUUUCGGGUCCAUUUUUGCAUGGGCUGAUGGAGCUCACUGCAUCACAGGGACUCUACCCACUGUCCGCAACGCGUAGAUCAUGUCUUUGCUUGCAGUUCUUGGAGGGGAGCCUAGAAAAACUUCAAUUUUCUAAAUAGACCAUAAUAGUUCCUAUUGAAUUUCUCCUUUGCAGGC